AUGCACCUUGUUUUGCCUCCUCCGGCGCACCCAACAAUUCCCCCACCUAGCGAAGCUUCCGUCGCAGCCGUAAGAGACUUAUAUCGUACUACCCAAGCUAUGCGGGAGAGACUAUUGUCUGGGCACUAUAGCCAGCAAGGGAAUGAUUCAGCAUCUACUAAUGCUGUAACAACGCGACAGGACGGAGUAUCGGAGCGCGUGGAUGACCCUGGAACUUCAGAUAUUUACCCUCCUCCAGACGAGAGUUUAAUACUUCAAGAAGACUUCCCGCCCCCAUAUCUGCGGCAAUCAAUUCAAUUCCCACAACAGCAAGACCCGUCCUCCAAUGGGGCACCAGGAAGCCGCUUAGAUGUACGCGGCACCGCGAAUGGCCAGCCGUCAGGAGGGGCACCAGAUCCGAACCGCAUGAACAGCAUGGCUUACCAAGUAAUGCACAUAGCAACAGAAAUUAUUUCGAUGGAAGCUCGGCUACCAAGAGGCCCCAUCCCGAGAGAGGACGAGAUAUCAGUGGUCCGGGAUCAGCUCAUGAGACUAUUUGACGCUCCCAAUCACAGUGUUCCGGUACUACGGGGGUGGCUCGCCCGUUUGUCAAUGCUGAGUUCACGUUCAGAGCAGCUCCGCCAUUAUUACGCUCGUAGCUCGCAGAGUAAUUCUGGUCAAACAACAGCCUUCGCAUCUCCCUCGACAGUAUUCAAUCGUCGACACGCCGCAUAUUUGUUAGCCUCUCCAACGAGGUACGAGGCCGUUUUGGUUCCUGCGUUUCAUGGUCGGGUGGCAUCCGCAAAUUUGACUGGAGUCAUGUCCCCAUCCUCACAUCCAACUUUUCAACCAACCAUUCAGCCAACCGUACAACAGAAUGCACUAGCUAUGGCGUACAACAAUCUCCCGCCGACCGCUACUGCCACUCAACGACCUCUGAACAUUCCUGGCAUGCUUGUUCGUAGACGCCGCUUGAUUGUCAGAGGCUCUACGCUUGUCCGAGCCAUCCGGGCAACUUGGUUGUUCGUCCGUCUCUAUUUCUUCUGCUACAUUUUGAGUGACUCUGGGACUUGGCUGCGUCUCUUCCUCGUUGUCCUUUCUAUCGCUUGGGCUUGUCUCUCAGAAGUCGAAAUUCCUCGUCAUAUCCGGAGAGCAAUCUUCAUCCCUCUUGAAGAUCAUAUCCACGACUUACUGCCAGCCGAUCCCGGUCCAGCCCAGCCACAUCGUGCCAGACAAAAUGCGGGUCCAAACUAUAUUACAGAGCUAUUGCAAAGACAUAGGACGCUUGCGCGAGGUAUUGUUCUUUUCUUCUCAUCUUUCAUUCCUGGAGUGAGCGAGCGACAGAUUGUGGAUCUGCAGGGAAUCAACGCUUUACGUGAGAAUGAACGACGUGCUGAGCAGGAAAACCGAGAACAAGCUGCUCAGCAGCAGAACCCGGAUGCCAAUGCACCUGCGGAACCAAAUGUGACUGGCGAGCAAGCCAAUGGUGGAGAGGUCGAGGCGAUCCAGAUCUAG